AUGUCUCGGAUCAGCGAGGCCCAAUUCGCUCCUUACACGAAGGAGUACGACGAAUUGGCGGUAGUUUUGGAAACGUGUAACCAAAACGCAUCGGCUGCACAGGCUAAAAUCGACGAGCAGACCGCAGAACUUACUAUGCUGCGUGACACAACAUCGUCGACGACGCGAUCUCUAGAGGAAAUAACUAGUCAUAAAAAAACUAUUCAAGCGGCAAUAGAAGCGGGCGCGCGAAAGAUGUCAGUCCUCCGAGAGCAGGAAAAGCAAAAUCGCUCGCGUGUAAAUGAAUUGUAUGGAGCAAUUGAUGAUCUUAAACUCAAGCUUCAAGGUGGAUCUGGCUGGAGUGAAGAGCAAGAACAACAGAAGCAAGAGGUCAUCGAAAAAAUUGAAAAUUUGAAUCGAAGCCUGGAGUCUAAAAAUACCCUUUCUUCAGGCCUACGUUCAGACAUCGCAAAGCUUCAAGUCUUAGUGGAGCAAGGGGAGUUUGAUGUGGAGAAAGAGUCGACAAGGAUUAAAGAACUCAAUACGCAGGCGGAAGCCAAGCGUGAAGAAGCGGCGCUCGAGCAGCGUGCCAAAAUGGCACUUGAGCAGAGACUGCAGAAGCUGCAAUUGGAUAUGGAGGAGCAGGUGGCAGUGCUGAUAGAGCGCGAAAGCCGUGCACGGGUUGAGGAAGCAUCAAUCGUCGAAACAGAGGCACAAUUGCGCGAGUCCAAGAAGGAAAUGGAGCGCUACCUCAAAGACUACGAGAAACUGUUUCAGGAGACGCAACGCUUGACAGAACAGCUUGAAUCACUCAUGUACUCAAAUGAGACAACGGAGAAUGAAAACGAAGUGCGGCGGCGUGAUGUGAGUGUACGCGAAAGGAACGUCAAUACCCUUAAAAGCGAAUCUUCUCAGCUUAAUAAGGCCAAAGAUGUAGUUUUGAAGAAGCUAGCGGCGGCUGAGAAACAGCGGGAGACCUGGGAGCAGGAACGUGAAGAGCUGCGAUCACGUAUUGCUCAGCUUUCAACACUGGAGAUAAGGUCUGCGUGGAGAGAGGGCGAGGGCUUCAAGAAGCAGCUCGAAGACCUUGCACGGGAGAGAGAAAUUUUGAGCCGCAAGCUUGGAAGUUCAGAAAAAACUGCUCAGUUGAUCUUUGAUUUGACCAAGGUGAACCAGAAUGCGAAAAAGAAUCUUCAGAACGAGGUAAAUGGCUACACAGCGACGGUCAAACUCCAACGUGAACAAAUUGAGUCACUUGUACAAGAUCGCGAGAGACAUGAGCAGGAGGCCAACGCAGCAUCGCGGAAAUAUUACGUAGCCCUGGAGCAGCUCAAGCUGCAAGAGGUGCAAAUUUCAGAUUUGCAACGCAAGAUUAUUGAUGGCGGCGCGCGCCUAAAGCAACAACAGAAUCUUUAUGAAGCAGUGCGAAGUGAUCGGAACCUAUAUUCAAAGAAUCUUAUUCAGUCACAAGAGGAGAUCGCGGAAAUGAAGCGCCGAUUUAAAAUAAUGAAUCAUCAAAUUGAGCAACUCAAGGAGGAGAUAACGGUGAAGGACCACAGUCUCGUCAAAGAGCACUUCAAUCACCACAAUGUUGAUAAGGAGCGGGAAUCCCUAAAAAACGAGCUCACUAAGAUCCGAAAGCAAAUUGUCUCGAGCGAGCAAAUCAUUUCUAAUCAGCGUGCUGAGAUCCAAAAACUAUCCCAAAUCAUCCAAGAGGCCGAUGAAGAACGCCAGCGCCAACACAAGGAGCAUGAUGCCAUUGUUGGGGAGCGCAAUAUUCUCAGUUCCCAACUUAUCCGCCGCAAUGAUGAGCUAGCUACCGUUUAUGAGAAAAUGAAGAUAAAUUGGUCUUCGUUGCAGCGAGGUGAGACUCGCUUUGCUGAGUGUGCGGCUGAGGUUCAGUUCUUGGUGGAACGCAUCCAGGAAAUGCGCAGGGAACGUGACGACUCAGCCCUUCAAAUGAGCUCAAUUCACGACCUCCGCUAUACUCUCCACGCCCUGGAGUCUGAUCUCCUUCAGGAACGAAAUAAGAUAAAGGCACUACAAGAAGAACUCGAACGGCCGCUAAACGUGCAUCGUUGGCGUAUGCUUGAGUCCUCUGACCCGCAGCGUUUUGAGAUGAUUAAAAAGAUCCAGGGUCUCCAGAAAAGGAUCAUCCAGAAGACCGAGGAUGUCUUCGAAAAGGAAGCUCGCAUCCAAGAGAAGGAACGACUCUACAUAGAGCUAAAAAAUGUCCUUGGGCGACAACCUGGUCCAGAGGUUGCAGAACAGCUUGCCCUUUACGAAUCGAGUCUACGUGAGAAAAAUGUGCAGAUGAAGGCGAUGACAGCCGAGCUUGAUAUGUACAAGCAGCAGGUAGCUGAGUUUCGCGGUGAUAUAGAUGGCCUUGCUCAUGACCUUGACACACUCAAAGAGAAGUGGCUUCACGCUAGGCUGUCCGGAGGGCAUGUCCCCGACAAUGACCGAGGUGCAAAGCAAUAA